AUGGUUUCAGAUGGUUGGGUUUCCUUUUUUGCUGAAUUCAGGGGCAGGGUUGCUGGGUUUAAAGUUACACCUGUUGACACAACUGGUGCUGGAGAUGCAUUUGUCAGUGGCCUUCUGAACAGCUUAGCUUUUGACCUAAAUCUUAUCCAGAAAUUGACGCAAUUUUUGUUUUUGCUGGAUGAGAAGCGGUUACGAGAAGCUCUAGCUUUUGCCAAUGCCUGUGGUGCCCUCGCGGUGACAGAGAGGGGAGCCAUUCCUGCCCUACCCACGAAAGAAGCUGUUCUCCAAUUCCUGUCAAAGGUCACUACUGCAUGA